GGCCGAAGCCCCGAAACCCAAAGGGCCGACCGGAGGGGCCGACAUACCAUUCCGAGCAUUAUGGACCCGGAAGAAGAGGCCAUCCUCCACCUCCCGACCACCACAGCGGCCGCCGCCGGCGUCGGUGGAGACUUGCUUCCGGCGGCCCAACGACGAAGCUGCACUGCUUGCGACCGCCCGCUUCCAGUCUGCCUCUGCCACGUUUUGCCGGCGCAACCAAUCCCGACGGCCACGCAGGUCGUCAUCCUCCACCACCCCCACGAGGCCCGCCACAAGCUCUCAACCGUCCCUGUCCUCUCCAAAUGUCUCCUCAACUCCACAAUCCUCGUCCACCGCCGCCUGCGGCCGGGCCUCUGCCCUCUCUUCGACAAGUCCCCUCCCGCCAUAUACCUCUUCCCGCCGUCCGGCUCCUCCGCUCCCUCGAUCCCCCUCUCGCAGCUCCGCUCCUCCGGUAUCCUCGGAGACGCCGCCGCUCCCCCGGUCAUAAUCGCGAUCGACGCCACGUGGAAGCACGCGAAGGAGAUGGUGAGCGCGAGCGAGGAGUUCCUAUCGAAGUUCGCUGUCAGAGUUUGCCUGGACUUCGACUACGACGAGGGUGUGACCGGCGGGAGUAUAUAUGACUCCGAGCUGGUGCUGAGGAAGGAGCCGUACGGUGGGUGCGUGAGCACAAUGGAAGCUGUGGCUAGGGCUCUGAGAGUGAUUGAGCCCAAUGGAGUGGAGAUCGAGAGGGAGCUGAUUAGGGUUCUGAGGGAGAUGGUGAGGCUGCAAGCUCAGUUCUUGAAGCCGAUGAAGCCUCGGUCGAAGCUGCUGAAGAAGAAAGGAAAGCAGAUGGAAAAAGAUGAAGUAGAGAAGCAAGAGAGCCAAUUCGAAGUCUCUCAAAAUAAGCCCGUUGAUUGAACUAGGAAGUCCGGAUUUUUCCUCGUCUUGCUUUGAUUUGCCUGCUUGAUUCUUGGCUGAAAAUUGGAUAAGGGUUUAUCUGAUCAUUGUCGUCGAGGAAGUUUGGAGCAGACUUUGCCUUUAUUGGUUUGUGUUUUCUGAAUUUAACAUGAACUAUUCCAUGGAAUGUAGUUGAAAAGGUGCAAGAAAGAAUGAGAUCUUGUCAUGAAAAUUCAGUUCCUGGAGGUUCUCCCUUCAGCUUUGCCCACUAGUUAGCUGUGCUCGUCUGCCAUUUCGAGAAAUUUUCUUGAACUUUAGCUUAUCGAUGAAAAGGUUAGAACACUGAAUCCGGGAAGUGCAGUAGGGGAUGGCAAGUUACAAGGCGACAUCGACAAGAGGAGUUAUAGAAAACAGGGGAAUUCCUAGCAGAUGAGAACCAGCCUAUAUUCCGGAUCAACCGGAUCAGACAUUCCAUGGUCUGAUAUUUCGUUUUUGGGAGAAAAUUACCGGUGGAAUAUGUGAUCGGCUUAAUUACUUGCCUGAAGGUCUCGCGGUUUGCUACUUGCUAGAGUUCUCACGGUUGCUACUUGCUAGAGUUGCUCAGAGGCAAUGUUGCUGGGGGAUAAUCUGGAUUCGGGAUGGAUAAAGCUUGUGCCCGACAUUUUGGGUGUUUGGCACUACAGCUGGGGUGGCUCUGCGUGCAGUUCUUCGUCGGGGCAAUGUGUAUUAGGUACUGGUGGGAUGGUUAUGGAACUUGCUAGGGUCUGGCUCUUUUAUGCUCGUCAUCUGUAGUAAGCUUGGGAUCAGCUCCUGGAGCAGCUAUGUGAAGUUCUGCCAGCUUCGACUCAACCCACAUUCAUGGAAUUUCCAAUAAUAUGAUGAUAUGAAGCCUUUA